AUGGCGCACGGGCAGAGAGGAGAUUCUGGGAGUCCUCCAGGCUGGAGCAUCUACAGGUCGAUUUAUUUCUUCUUGGCCCUUGUGACUUUGGUGAACUCCAUAGACGUCUCUCAGUUGGUGAAUCCUACCUUCCCAGGAACUGUCAUUUGUGAUGAGAAUGGAAUAACAGUGGAGUUUCCAAGCAGUCUUGGUGCCAAGAAAUGGCACGCAUCUGUGGUGGAUCCCCUUGGUGUUGAAAUGCUGAACUGUACUUAUGUCCUGGACCCAGAGAAGCUCACCCUGAGGGCCCCAUAUGGUAACUGCACCAAGAGAGUGCAUGGUGGACACCAGAUGACCAUCAGAUUUGAGAACAGCAGUGCUGCUUCAACACAUGGGGCUGUCAAAUAUCAGUUCUUCUGUCCAGCUAUGCAAGUAGAAGAGACUCCUGGGGUUUCAGUGUCUACGAUCUGCCAGAAGGACUCCAUGUCUUUUACCUUGCCACGGGUUUUCACUGGCUUAGCUGAUGACAAUGAGGUAUGAAACGUUCGGAUGGGGUGGAGCGUUGAGGUUGGUGAUGGGCCAAAAGCCAUAACUCUGUCCCUGCCAGAGGCCAUGAAGGAAGGCUUUGGUCUCCUGAUCGACAACCACAAGAUGACCUUCCACGUGCCAUUCAAUGCCACUGGAGUGACUCACUAUAUGCAAGGCAACAGUCAUCUCUACAUGGUGUUUCUGAAACUUACGUUUGUAUCUCCUGGGCAGAAGGUAAUCUUCUCUUCACAAGCUAUUUGUGUAACAGAUCCUGUGACCUGUAAUGCCACACACAUGACUGUCACCAUACCAGAGUUUCCUGGGAAGCUGAAGUCUGUGAACUUUGAAAAGAAGAACAUUGCUGUGAGCCAGUUGCAUGACAAUGGGAUUGACAUAGAAGCAACAAAUGGCUUGAGGUUGCAUUUCAGCAAAACUCUUCUCAAAAUGAAAUUCUCCGAAAAAUGCCUACUUGAUCAGUUCUACUUAUCGUCACUCAUACUGACCUUCUACCUCCGACGAGAGAUGGUAUCCAUGGUGAUCUAUCCCGAGUGUCCUUGUGAGUCACCAGUUUCUUUAGUUACAGAUGAGCUGUGCACCCAGGAUGGGUUUAUGGACUUCAAGGUCUACAGCCACCAAACAAAACCAGCUCUCAACUUGGCUACCCUCAGGGUGGGAAACUCUUCCUGCCAACCUGUCUUCAAGGCUCAGUCUGGAAGGCUGGUACAGUUUCACAUACCCCUGAAUGGAUGUGGAACGAGAUAUAAGUUUGAAGGUGACAAAGUCGUCUAUGAAAAUGAAAUACAUGCUCUCUGGACAGAUCUUCCUCCAAGCACAAUAUCCAGAGAUAGUGAGUUCAGGAUGACAGUGAAGUGCUCUUACAGCAGGGAUGACAAGCUACUAAACUUCAGUGUCGAAAGUCUUCCUCCCCCAGUGGCCUCAGUGAAGCCAGGUCCACUUGCCUUGAUCCUGCAGACCUACCCAGAUAAAUCCUACAAACAACCUUAUGGGGACAACGAGUACCCUAUAGAGAAAUACCUCCGCCAACCAAUUUACAUGGAAGUAAGAGUCCUUAACAGGGAUGACCCCAACAUCAAGCUGGUCUUAGAUGACUGCUGGGCAACGUCCACCGCAGACCCAGACUCCAUCCCCCAGUGGAACAUUGUUGUGGAUGGCUGUGAAUAUAAUCUGGACAACUACCAAACCACCUUCCAUCCAGUUGGUUCCGCCGUGACCCAUCCUGGUCACCACCAGAGGUUUGAUGUGAAGACCUUUGCCUUUGUCUCAGAAGCCCAGGAGCCCUUUAGCCUGGUCUACUUCCACUGUAGCGCGUUAAUCUGCAAUCAACUCGCUCCUGAUUCCCCUCUGUGUUCUGUGACUUGUCCUGUAUCAUCUAGGCGAAGGCGAGCCACAGGGCCCACUGAGGAAGAGAAAAUGACAGUCAGCCUCCCAGGACCCAUCCUCCUGUUGUCAGAUGGCUCAUCAUUCAGAGACGUCAGCCCAUCUGACCUGGGACUGGUAAAAGCAAGUGGCCACAGUGAGGAGAAGAGUGGGAGUAGAGCAGGGGAGGCCAGCCCACGAGAUGUCGUAGACUCCAAAGGGCACGGGACUGCUGGAGAUGUUGCUUCCAAAGCAGUGGUGGCCAUGGCCGUCUUAGCAGGUGUGGGGGCAACUCUGGGUUUUGUCAGUUACAUGCUCAAGAAAACAAUGUUAAAUCGCUAA